AUCUCCUCCUUCUGCACGCAGCAGCUGAGAGGAAGCUUCACAUCUCCUCCUCAUCAUCACAGCUAACAUCAUCUGCAGCACUUCCUCAGGAUAAUCAGCGUGAAGGGUUUUCUGUUGGAGGUCCAUCUUGCAAAAACGUUAUUAUCAUCAUCAUCUUCCUCAUCAUCAUCUUUUAAAACACUUUCAUCUCUAACGCCUCAUCAUGUACUUGGAGAACAAAAACAACCCGGAGAUGGAGAUGACCUCCGCCCAAGGCCACCCAGGCCGGAGCAGCCUGAGCUCGCCUGAGGCCCUGGCCGGAAACUUUGGGGAGCUGCGCCUCCUUCAGGGCAUAUCGGAGAGGAGGGACACCCAGAAGCUGCAGCAGUCUGCGGUCCUGCCCAACGGACAGUGUGUGAUCCACUCUGAGGGCUUCGUCCCGGUGCGACAGGACAACGGGCACGGCUUCAGCGUAUUAAAUAUCCUGAGAGGAAAAACGAAUUCUGCAAACCUCUCAGAGAAGUCUCCGCUGCUGAGAUUCUCCCAAGACGAAAGCAUGACCUACAUGACCCUGCACGACCCGGGCUUCGUGGGGGAGGAGGCGCCGUGGGACGGGGGCUCUCCGGACCUGGAGAGGAGGUACCGGCUGGGCAGCGAGGUCACCAACCUCUCCUUAUCCCGCUCCAGCUCCUCGGAGAAGAGCGUCCCGCUGGAGAACCUCAACCUCAACUUCAAACUCACCAGCAACGUGAAAUGCUGCUUCAAAAUCUCCAAAAUUGCCACCAUGUUUACUAUAGUCGUCCUCUGCAGUCUGUUCUUCAGCAUGUAUCCGGACAGAGAUAACCCCGUGAGGAUGUUGGCCGUCUCCCCCUCAGAAAGCUUCUCCAUGAACCUGACAGAUUUCCGGGAUAACGCCCUGCUGAAGCUGCAGGUCGGGGGGGCGUUUUCAGUUGGGAAGGUGGACAUCAACACCCAGGACUACAUCCUGAUCCAGGUGGAGCAGACGGAGGGGGGACGCAGGAGGAGGGCGCAGCAGGUGAUUCACAACUGGACCAUUCCUCUGCACAGUGAUCGCAGCGACCAGAUACUGCUCACCAAAACCUUUGAGAUUAUCAGCAGCGACCCCAUCGUGGUCUCGGUGCAGGCCUUCCUGCAGGAGGAGGAGGUGGUGCCGCUCUCCAUGACCCACCAGGCGCUCUACGUCAACGUGGAGACGCAGGUGGCCAUCGCCGCCAUCAUCCUCACCGGGGUCUACGUCCUCAUCAUCUUCGAGGUCGUUCAUCGUACUCUGGCGGCCAUGUUGGGAUCUUUAGCAGCAUUAGCCGCUCUAGCAGUCAUCGGGGAUCGGCCCAGUCUGGUGACGGUGAUGGAGUGGAUCGACUACGAGACGCUGGCUCUUCUAUUCGGCAUGAUGGUGCUGGUGGCCAUUUUCUCCGAUACGGGCUUCUUUGAUUACUGCGCUGUGAAGGCGUACCAGUUAUCCAGAGGACGAGUUUGGCCGAUGAUCAUCAUCCUCUGUCUCAUCGCUGCCAUCCUCUCUGCGUUUCUGGACAACGUGACGACCAUGAUGCUCUUCACUCCGGUCACCAUCAGGUUGUGCGAGGUGCUUAAUCUGGACCCCAGACAUGUCCUGAUUGCAGAAAUAAUCUUCACCAACAUUGGGGGGGCCGCCACAGCUGUCGGAGACCCGCCCAACGUCAUCAUCGUGUCCAAUCAGGCGCUGCGGAGAGAGGGGAUUGAUUUUGCCAGCUUCACAGGCUACAUGUCCCUGGGAAUAGUCAUCGUCCUCUUCUCCUCAUUUCCUAUGCUGCGGCUGCUCUACUCGAACAAAAAGCUCUACAACAAAGAGUCCAUUGAGAUAGUGGAGUUGAAACAUGAGAUCCUGGUGUGGCGUCAGACGGCGCAGCGUAUCAACCCCGCGAGCCGCGAGGAGACAGCGGUGAAAUGCCUCCUGAUGCAAAAAGUGCUCAACCUGGAGAGUCUGCUGCGCAAGAUGAUGCACACCUUCCAAAGAGAAAUUGCUCAAGAGGAUAAGAACUGGGAGCAGAAUAUUCAGGAAUUGCAGAAGAAGCACAGAAUAAGAGACAAGGUUCUGCUGGUGAAGUGUGUGUUCGUCCUCACGGUGGUGAUCUUCAUGUUCUUCCUCAACUCCUUUGUUCCCAGCAUUCAUCUGGAGCUCGGAUGGAUUGCGAUCCUCGGCUCUAUGUGGCUCUUGGUGCUUGCUGACAUCCAGGACUUUGAGAUCAUCCUUCAUCGGGUGGAGUGGGCCACGCUGCUCUUCUUCGCUGGCCUCUUCGUCCUGAUGGAGGCUUUAGCGCAGCUGCAGCUCAUCGACUAUAUUGGAGUGCAGACAGCGAUGCUUAUAAAAUCGGUGCCAGAGGACCAGAGGCUGGCGAUAGCGCUCAUCCUGGUGAUGUGGGUCUCUGCUCUCGCCUCUUCCCUCAUCGACAACAUCCCCUUCACUGCCACCAUGAUCCCAGUUCUGAUCAACCUGAGUCAGGACGCAGACGUGAACCUGCCGGUGAAGCCGCUCAUCUACGCCCUCGCUAUGGGGGCCUGUCUUGGAGGAAACGGCACAUUGAUCGGAGCUUCCGCUAAUGUCGUGUGUGCGGGAAUCGCCGAACAACACGGAUACGGAUUCUCCUUCGUCGAGUUCUUCAAGUUAGGAUUUCCCAUGAUGAUCAUGACCUGUAUGAUCGGCAUGUGCUACCUGCUGGCUACACACAUUGGAUUAGGCUGGAACAUGUGAUCCAAAGACUGUGUGUGUGUGUGUGUGUCACCACUCCUUCCAGCAUUCAGCUCCCUAGUGUAACCUGAUUGGCUGAUCAGAUUAAAGGCACUAUAUGAAGAACAACAGCCAUAUUUUGGAAAAUGUGCUUUUGAUUUACUCGAUGGUAUAUUUAUAACGAUCAAAAAGUUGAGUGUUGACACAUUUUUGCUAACGGAAGGAGCGAAAACCGGCAGUUAACGAAGCACUGUAACAAAUAAAAGUCAUACAUGUGUUUCUGUCCCCACUCUUGAAGAGACACACCACUACACAAGAGCCACAAAUAAGCCAUUGUCUAUUUAAUUGGGUUAAUUGGGCAGCUGUAAUGAUUUUGCUACCACUAGCUAGCUCACAAACAGCAGCUCUGUGGAAUUUAACACAACUCUACCUUCGACCAACAUUGUUUAAAGUUGUUAUAAUGCAUUGGUUCUUGAUGGCUUCUCCACUCUCACCCUGUUAAUAACUUUGAGAGAAACUUUGAAGUUUAUCCGAGGGAAAGACAUGCAAAUAGUCCCUCUCCAAAAUGCUGAACAUGGUGCUGCCUCUAUGACUGGUGUCAAACUGUAUAUUUGUUUGGAAAUCUAUGUGAUCUGUUUACAACGUCUCAUUUCCUAAUUAACUGUAUUAUACUAAAUUGCUUUUUUAGAGAUGUUUAGGACACAUGGUUUACCAAAAGUUUGUUCAUAUUUUAAAGGAAUACCCAGUGAAAGGGAUUUUAUAAUGUUGAAUAUUUUUGUCAGAUACCCAAAUCUCAAUUAAUGAACAGCAUCAAUGAAAUUAGAGAGGAGCGGGAUGAUUAAAUAACACUGUUAUUAAAACAUGAUAUAUUAUCUAUUGUACUGUGUACACUAUGAUCUCAUGUAAAGUGGAUACUUUUCUUCAGUUAACUGUGUUUAAUGUAGAAAAUGUUGCUGUCACCUGGAUCCUUUCUUUGUCCAGGUGAAACUCUCACCUGUAUUUAUUGUACAGUUUGACGACCUCAAGGUCACUUCUGUUUAAUGUUCAAGACUUUCACACAGACGUCAACAUAAACAAUAAAGGUUGUGAUGUUUCUGCUUUUCA